UCCCUGCAGCUUUCUGACUCCCAAAGGAGUACAACCACGAAAGAAGACCCUGGGCAGGAGGCAAAGCCGUCUUCAGCAUCAGGAUGAUGCCUGUCGGUGCCGCAGGCAAGAAACUGGACCUGUCCAGGCUGACGGACGAGGAGGCCAAGCACGUGUGGGAAGUCAUUCAGAGGGACUUCGACCUGCGGAAGAAAGAGGAAGAUAGACUGGGGGAACUGAAGACCAAGUUGGAGAAGGAGGACACCAAGCGCGAGCUGCUGGGCACUCAGACCAGACUGACCGACUCCCACUGCAUCCGCUGCCUGCAGCCCUUCAAGUUCCUGGUCAACAGUAAGCGCCAGUGCCUGGACUGCCAUCUGUACACAUGCAAGGCCUGCAGCCGCUACAACAAGAAGGAGCGCGGCUGGGUGUGCGACUCCUGCCGCAUGGCCAGGGUGCUGAAAAUCGGCACCUUGGAGUGGUACCAUGAGAACGUGCGCUCCCGCUUCAAGCGCUUCGGCAGCGCCAAGGUGAUGCGGUCGCUCUACAAGAGGCUGAACGGAGAGCACGACUCGCAGCCGGACCUGAGAGGCCAUCGUGACGAUGACACACAUAGCAUGCCAGAGGUCCACCGUGUGUACGAUGGCCACGAAGAGGACGGACAUGACGGGCACAGAUACAAGGGGCGAAAGACCAAGCGUUUGCUCCCUGUUCAUCCCCUCGAUUUUGACAUGGACAGCGAGUACUCUGCUCGCAGUUCUCACCAGCGCUCGAGCAGCCUGGACACUAUGGCACGGCGGGAGUCGGCUAUGGCGGAGGCCGACAUGGCGUUAGUGUUCCAGCAGAUCAUGGAGGAGGAGGGCAGGAAGGGGAGGGACUCCAGCCGCAGGAAGAGCCUGGACAAGUCCACACGAUCUGACGAAGGGCUGUACUUCCAGCCCAGAAUGCAGCGCACGCGAUCCCUGUCCAAGAUCAGCUCCUCCGGCAACACCAAUGGCCCCCAGCGCCACUACUACGAGGUGGACACCUCGGACGAGGAGGAGGGACAGAACCAAGCGCCUCAGCAGCCAAUCCCCCGCCGCCACAGCCGAGCGUCCCUGCAGGAGAACCUGUACCAGGCCCCGCCCCCGAUCACAGAGCUCAACAAGCGCAUGUCAGCCAUUGAGAGUCUUCUUAACCGCCUAGAGCAGAAAAUGACUGUGCCCCCUGAACCGUGUGCUCCCAAGCCAGUGACGGUGGUGCAGCUAGAGGAGGAGAAGCUGAGGAAGAAGCUGGGUGAGCUGGGCAGUUUCAUCGACAAGGGCCUCUCCUCCGAGGAGGACGAGGCCAAGAGGCGCCCCUCCGCGGCCAGGGAAGCCUCCGCGAGAAGCUCUGCGCGGGGCAGCAUUGCCACCGUGAGCCCUCCGCCUCUGGAGGGGCUUCUGAGCUCCUCUGGGGACGAGAUCCCCUCAGAGGCCCAGAAGAGAUCCACUGCGGCGACGCUAUGUGACAUCACAACUGAGGUUCUAAGAACCAUAAAUGCCACUGAAAACGCGUUGAGCCAGUUCACGCCGCCAAAGCCUAAAGACACAUACUCAUUUACGGGGACAGAUGUAACGCAAGCAGAUGAGGCUUACAGAGAUCUAGAGGAAAAUGUGUACAUAACGGCAGGUAAAUCCUACGACUUGGAGAUGAGGCUGAGGAUUCUGGAGCAGAAUGCCAGGAGCCGCUACUGCGGCACCACCGACUCGGAGCUGUCCGAGCUGGAGGACAAGGUGGCACAGGCUGCUGCGAAGGUCCAGAGCACCGAGAGCGAGGUCUCAGACAUAGAGAACAGGAUCGCUGCCCUGAGCGCAGCAGGGAUGCCUGGAGAUAAAACAAAGAGGAAGGCUUCAGUCACACAGCCAAGGAGGAGGCUCUCCCAUGACUUUCCGAUAAGUAAGAUACUAAGCAGCGCACAAUUAAUUUCCCUGUUUUUUAGCUAG